UGACUCAUGAUAGUUAUGACAUUAGUCAGUGAAUGAAACUUAAAUUCAAUUCUAACCUCACAAUUUUAAGUGCAGGUCUAUAUAAAAACAAUUUUAAUUUAGUAAAUCUAAAGUGUUUUUAUUUAUAUUUAGACAGAGAAUUCUGAUUUAUAAGCACGCUCGAUAUUUUCUAUUGAUCACUCAUUAUUUCUUCAGUAGGUAUUUUGAUGAGCGCACAAUAUUUUUACUUGGAGAUCUCGUGCGGUGAAGAGCUGAGCCGGUUAUCGGUGCGCAGCGGCGUCGAGGAAGCUGUCAAGAGUGUGUUCGGCGAGUGUGGCGCCGCCAGCCUGCGCGUGGACGUGCUGAGCGCCGCCGCCGGGGUCGCGCUGCUCCGCGUGCCCGCCGCCCAGCUGCGCCGCGUGCGCGCCGCGCUGCUGCUGCACGCGCGUCCGCGCCUCGCGCCCGUCUGCGCCGCGCCCGCGCUACUCGCGCUGCUCUGACCGCUCAAGUCACGGCAUUGUUUUCUUGAAUAGGGCAAUGGCGACUCGGUCGGUGCUGUCCUCCGGGCUGGACGGUAAGGAUGUGGUGAUCGUGGCGACGCGUGAGGAACUGGCGACGCCCAGCAAGGUGAGCCUGCCGGAGCCGGAGCCCGCGCCGGGUCUCAUCCUACCAGACGGCUCCAUCAACUGGGGCUGCCCCUGCCUGGGCGGCAUGGCCACUGGGCCCUGCGGCACACAGUUCAGGGAAGCAUUCUCCUGCUUCCACUACAGUGACGCGGAUCCCAAGGGCAGCGACUGCUACGAGAAAUUCAGCGUGAUGCAGGAGUGCAUGUCGCACUACCCCGAGCUGUACGGCAAAGACGAGGACGACGAGCUCGCCGCCGCCAUCGACUCCGCCGCCGACGCCGACAAGCGCGAGCCCGCCGCCGAGCGGGCCGCCCCCGCCGAGCGAGCCGCGCCCGCCGCCGCCGCGCCCGCAGGGGACGCCCGCUAGCCGCCUCCUGGCUUCGUUCUACUGCAAACGGACACACGAUUAGUGAAUGUGUUUGUUGCUUAUUUAGUUGAUGUGGUAGUCCGGUCAAAAUAGUCAUUUGAAAUAACAAAAAUUCCUGGAAAGCCAAAUUUUGGUGGAGAGCUUGGGUUUACCAUUAUGAAUAAAAUAUUUAAAAAAUCCCCAAAAACAAAAACAUCAGACCAAAGUUGUAUCUUAAAAUUCUCUACAAAAUGGUUUUUUGAUUUAUUUCCAAAUAGUUACCAAUCGUGAGAAAUCGCGAUUCUAAGAGUCACAUUAUACAUGACAUGCACAAUUACACAUAGUACCAUGCUACUUGUGAGGUAGUGUACCGUUCAUUCUGACGGACACUACUCGGCGCGGUACCCGUCCUCGAAGGGUUUUGGCAGCUUGUCACCACUGCUAAAACCGAAAGAUAUGCAAUUGACAGCAAGAACCCACCGUUUUGGAACUCGUCAUAACUAGAUGUUCACCCACUCACAGCCCAACUCCGCUGGACCCUUGCUUAUCCACAAGCAUAACCAGACUAAUAAAACAAUUAAAAUCAGUUAUGUAAUACAUAAAAAAGGCUGUAACUCUUGAAAUACAAUCAGUAUUUAGUAUAUCUACAUGUGAGCUGGAUUUUUACUAUUUUAUCGAUCUAAAACAAUCAAUCUUGAUAAUCUGACACCAAACUUUAAAGUCUGAAAUGAACAGUCUGCCUUGAGCAAGCAUGGUGAUAAACGCUCAUUUCUUCUUGGUAUGAGAAGAAGCAUUAAAAUUAGUAGUUCCAGCUGUUAUUUAAUAAGUACGCAUAUCCAUUAGAACAGAACCAUAAUCACUAAAAGAAACUACGCAUAGAGCUUUUAACCAAUCAACGUACUCCUUGUCUUUGUCGGAUGAUUUAACGGCAAGACGCCGUAAAUUAAUCAACUUACUAAAAUACCUACAUUAAAUAAAAUGGUUAUGGCUGAUAAAAAGGUGAAGGAAAACGGUGUGUGGCAGAAAAAGGUGAUGAAUGCCAGAGUGGAUGGGCUUUCAGUUGGAUGCCACGGCAUGCCACUGCACGCCGCGGGAUACCACUGCACAACCUGCCGUGCCACGCCGGCAGCGGGCGCCGGCCCUAAUGCUCAAUCCUUCUCCGUGUGCGAGGAGGCCUGUGCCCAGCAGUGGAACG